GUAUCAGUUAAGCGCUUUACUGUAGUUUAACAACAAACGUUUGUGAUACAAGGAAGAAUAAUAUGAGUUUUCACCUGAAUUUAUCGUUACCUAAAGCACAAAGUUGAAAAACAAAAACAAUAUAUAAGUGGAGCACAGCAAUGGAAGAAAAUCCAUUUCCAGACCUAAAAAUAGAUUCAUCAGACUUCCUGGACACACUCUGUGGCCGAAGUAAAUGUUCCAAAUGUGAGAGGUCCCGGAAAUACUACUGCUACAAUUGUUACGUCCCUGUUCCCGAGAUAGAAGGAAAAGUACCAAAAGUUAAGCUCCCAGUUAAGAUAGAUGUUAUCAAGCACCCAAGUGAAGUUGAUGGUAAAAGUACAGCAGUUCAUGCCGCAGUUAUUGCCCCUGAUGAUGUAACCGUGUACACAUACCCUUGUAUACCAGAUUACGAUAAAAACAAGGUGGUGCUUGUAUUUCCUGGUGAGAGUUCAGUUACUCUGGCUGAUCUAUCGGAGAAAUGGGGUGUUAACAGCAGACAGCUGACAGGGAAAAGAAAAGCUUGUAGUGAUAAUGAAGCUGAUGACUCGCAAUCUUGUAAUGUAGAAAAAUUACCUAGGUUAGAAAAUAACCAAAAAUUUACUGAAGAACAAAAUGAAAUGCAUCUAGAUGGGAAAUUAGUUACUGAAGAUCAACCUCAAAAUGGUGAGGAUGAAAAUGUAGUCAAUUCUUUGUAUACUAAUUUAUCAGCAGAACAAGCUAGUGAAAGGGAAGUUAAUCACAGUUGCGAAAACAAUGAAGGUGUAGUUAUUAAUGGACAAAGUAAAGAUAAAGCUGAAUCUCCUACUACUGAAACUGCUCCUGGACUGGUGCCCACUUGCAGGCUGGAGAGAGUUGUUUUUAUAGACAGCACAUGGAACCAGACUAAAACUAUCUGCAGUGAUGAACGUCUCAGAGGUCUCCAGUGUAUUGAACUAAAGACAAGAGAGACCAAAUUUUGGCGCCAUCAGAAGGAUAUACCCAAUACUUACCUGUCUACUGUGGAAGCCAUGUAUUACUUUCUCAGAGAAUACCAUGAACAGUUUAUACAGUCCGAUUAUAAUGGAGAAUAUGACAAUUUGUUGUUCUUCUUUAUUUAUAUGUACAAGAAGAUUAGAACAUUGUACAGCGGUGGCAGUGAGCUUAAAGCUUAUAAGGAAAGAGCUGGGAAAUAAAAUCAUAAUGUGAACUUUUUCAAAUUUUAGUAUUUAGUUGCCUUCAUGGUUUUAGUGUGAAGAUGAGAUUUUUGUGUCUGUACUUCCCUGCUGUAUUUGUCAGAUUUGAAUAAACUGAUUUGCUUUACA